AUGGAAGGCCGCGUCUUCGGAGAUUUUGAAGUAAUCAAAAAGCUAGGACAAGGAAGCUUCGGUGAAAUCUUCUUAGGAAAGAACAAGAAUGAUGGUACAUCAGUUGCCAUCAAAAUAGAACCAAAGAAAUCGCCAAAGAAAGUUCUUAAUAAUGAUAUCACUUUCCUUACAAAAGCUAAAGAUCAAAAGUACAUUCCUAAGUUCUACGCAUCCGGUUCUGAUGAUGACUACACAUGGCUUGCCAUGGAGUAUCUUGGUCCAUCACUCGAACAUAUCAUCAACAAACUUCCAAACAAGAAAUUAUCAAAGAAGUGUGCUCUCACAAUGGCUAAAUACAUUCUUUACGCUAUUGAAGCAGUUCACGAACUUUCUUACAUUCAUCGUGACAUCAAGCCAGGAAACGUCUUGCUUAGACACUCACGCGAAGCACCAAUUGCCUUGAUCGACUACGGACUUUCUAAAGUUUACUAUGAUGAGCGUGCAAAGAUGCAUUUGCCUCCAAAGCCACACUGUGGAUUCUUUGGCUCACUCCUUUAUGCAUCACCAAAUACACACAUGAGACGUGAUUUGGCUCGCCGUGAUGAUAUGUUCUCAUGGUUCUACGUUCUUGCAGACCUCCUUACAGAUAAUCUUCCAUGGAGAGACAACAAGAACCCACAGGAGGUUCUUAACAUUAAGGCUAAGUAUGACGUUGCUCCUCUUAUCGAAAUGGUUCCACAAAUCGAAGAGAUCUACAAACAGAUUAUUAACAUGCAGUACGUCUCAAAGCCAGAUUACGAGGGAUUCCGCAAAUUGCUCAAUGAAGCCAUUGCUGCUUGCCCUGAUGGUAAUGAAUUCGAUUGGCAUCCAGAUCUUUUCAAUAUGGAUGCUGCUCCGGAAGUUUAA